CUCUUAUCAAAUAAUACAGGUCAAAUUUGUGUAUGCCUUAAAACUAUGUUCUUCUGAACGGUGUAAUAUUCAACGACCUUAGCAAUGGAGGGAAUUUGGGUGAUAGGUUUGUUGUUAGUAGCCUCGUUCUGGUCUGUCAAUGGUACUGGAAGCUCGUGCCAAGAUAUAGACCAUGACGCAUGCAUAGCAAUGGGCAAUCAGAACCCCAAACUAUGCUCUGACCAAAUACUCGCAAAAACGGCUUGUCCAAAAUUCUGCAAAAAAUGCCCUGUCACAUGCUACAGUUGCAAUACGACAACGUCCGACGUCAGUAACUGUAACACCGAAACUUGUGCACAAGGAGAGAUGUGCGUGUUAAAGACAGCGAGCACGGCCGGAAAUGCAGAUCUGUAUAGUAUGAUGUGUGGUCCUCAAAUGAUCUGCUCGCUUGGCCGGAAAAGAAAUCAACAAUAUUCGGAUGUCCUCGGUUUGCAAUCACGUGACAUGUCGUUAAAUCUCAAGUGCUGUGGUUCUGACUUGUGUAAUAAUCCCCAACCUGUACCAACAACAACAGUAGCAACGACGAAAACCACGACAACAACACAAAAACCAACAACAACAAUUGCAACGACGAAAACCACGACAACAAUAUCACAACCAACAACAGCAAGUUCCGCUUCCACACCCAUGCUGACUGUAAGUCAGACCCCAGUCACGCAUCAUGCAACACAGCAACAGACAUCCGGAUGCAAAAGGGACAUCAUCAUUAUAUUAGAUGAUAGCAAUCCAAUGAGAGUUUUCUUUGGUGCUAUAAAAGCUGUCCUGACAGACGUUAUAUCACAUCUAGAUAUUGGCCCUGAUGAAACACGGGUGGCAUUAGGUACAUUUAGUCGAUAUGGAACAAAGCAAUGGAAUUUAGACAGUCAUAUGGACAAACCAAGUCUUCUGUCAGCUAUAGAUCACAUUUCAAGUCAUAACUGGGCUUAUAAUGCAAACAAUUUAGUUGCCAUUGAGCUUGCUCUAUCCAGCUUUAGUCAAGGCAACAGACCAGCAGUACCUGAUGACGUCAUAUUUAUCACGGAAGGCCAUACAUACCAUUUCUUCAGUCACAACAAAGAAAACAUAGCAGUUCACUCACUUCAUCAGAAAAGCAACAACGUUAUUACUAUUGCAGUUGGAGUGGCCAACCAAAACGAAAUGCACCAAAUUGCGACAGACAACAGCCGUUAUCUCUAUAUUCAGGACUACGCUCACUACAAUCACCAAACUGUUGUGUCUAAAAUCUUAAGUUUGGUUUGUAAAUGAAAUGAGAUGUGAAUUAUCUGAUAUAUUUAAAAGCCAGAUAAUUACCUAACA